AUGACUGCUACCAGUCUCAGAACAGCAAUCCUGGAUGAGGCACUGAAGUUCGUUCCAGCACUUGGCUGGACAAGCGAAGCUGUGGGAGCAGGAGCCAUGUUCCUGAAGUACAGUUCCUCUCUGAAAGACAUAUUCGAUUAUCCAUCAGCCGAACUGGUGCUACAUUUCUACAAACAGUGCAAUGAACGUUUGCGCCUUACAUUGGAGGACAUGCGGCGUGAGAGGCUGGAAACAACUGCGAACACGUACAGUGUAAGCAACUUCUUGGAAAAGUCUGUGUAUGCGCGCCUCCGCAUGCUGGCUCCAUACGCGAGAUCAUGGCCUCAGGCUUGUGCCGAGAUCUUCACUCCCCGCCACGCAGUCACAGCUCUGAAGUUCAAAUCAGACAUGUGCGACGACAUUUGGUUUUAUGCUGGGGACCGCUCCACUGAUAUUAACGGAGCGACAGUGGAGCAAGUUGAUAAGUUCAAAUACCUCGGAAUUGUAUUUACUAGUGAUGGAAAAUUGGAGGUAGAGAUCGACGGGCGAAUUGGAGUAGCCAGUGGCGUUCUGCGUAAACUGGCCCGAUCCAUUGUGACUAAAGCAGAGCUCAGUCUGAAAACUAAGCUCUCGAUGUUCAAGUCGAUCUUUAUCCCCAUCCUUAUCUACGCUCAUGAGUCGAGGACGAUGACUGAAAAACUUCGAACUCGGGUACAAGCUGCUGAAAUGGGUUUUCUUAGACGAGUCGCUGGCCUUACGCGUCUCGACAUGGUCCGGGAGAGUGACAUCCAGAAGAGCCUUUGUUGUACAGCCUUUGCUUCUCCAGAUUGA